GCAGAGGCACCAUGGCCGACGGCGGCGGCCCUGCCGAGGCGCCCAGCCCACGGGGCUCCCCGGGCCGGGCGCCGCGGAUCCCGCGCGUGGUCGGGCAGGGAAGCGGCGCCUGCUGCGGGGAGACCCCCAGGACGCCGGCGCUGGCGCUGCGCUUUGACAAGCCUAUCAAGCAGGCCUUCUACAACACGGGGGCCGUGCUGUUCGUGUGCCUGUGCUGCGGCGCCGCCGUGCUCGUCUACUUCAUCUUGGAGGCCUUCCUGCGGCCGCUGCUGUGGGCCGUGCUGUGCGGCACCUUCCUGCACCCCUUCAAGAGCUCGCUGACGCGCCUGGGCCGCCACUGGCUGCAGCGCCUGCACCGCGCGCACACGCCCAUCGUGCUGGCUGCGCUGCUCCUGCCGCUCUGCUUCGCCGACUACGGCGUCGAGGCCUUGGGCGCGCAGGCGCUGCGCCGCCGCCGCCUGCUGCUGCUGCUGGGCGCCGGCGGCCCGCUCCUCUACGGCCUCUACAGCCUCGGCAGCUACCUGGGCGUGCAGGUGCUGCUGGCGCACGCCGGCGCGCUCAUCUGCCGCGGGCUGGACUACUUCAGCAGCCUGUGGAUCUGGACGCUGGUAGUUGGCUAUGUGUUGGCUGUCUCUUUCAAGUGGAAUGCAAGCACUGAACGCUACUUGAGAGCAGUUUCAAUUCCUGUCUGGAUUAUAUUGCUUUUUCAUUUAGCAUCCCUGGCUGGCUCAUGGAGAAUUCCAGUAUUCCUGGUUAUUGUUUUCCUGAUGUCUGUGGGCACCCUCUAUGAAAAACAGAAUGGGAAAGAGUCUUCUGGAGCUGAGUUACCAGGGCAGGUUAUCUCCAUGGCAGCUUCUACUCUAGCAACCUUGGCCAUCUCCAUCACAGGGUAUGAAUCAAGCGCCGAGGACCAGCCCUCCACCCCGCCUGCAGAAACCAUGGACAGAGGAGAACCACCCCCACCACUGUCCUCAUCUCCUUCACCUUCUUCCCCCUCACCCACUCUGGGCAGACAAAGAGCUGAAAUGGGAACUUUUCUCAGGAAGAAGAAAACCAGUGACAUCUACUUCGUGUCGCUCGUGUGGGCCAUCAUUGGUGUCCAGCUCUGGUUGAACCUGUGGAUUGUACAGUUGCUGCCAGUGCCUGUUGCAGUCUGGAUUCUCAAAAAGCUUGUCAUUCACUUUGGAGUCGUGGACUUCCUGGCGAAACGCUGCCACCUGUGGUGGCAGGUGGCGGAGCGCUUCCUCAAGGAGCGGCAGGAGGCUCUAGCACCGUGGCCCGUUAUUGGGCUUGGAAAAUUCUUGCUAAAAGUUGAUAGCAAGCUCUGGCACUGGCUAAAUAAGAAGAUGAUCAUCUGGUUGGAGAAGAUGUUAGACAAAAUAAUUAGCAUUUUCAUCAUAUUUUUGUUAGUGAUAGGAACCCUUCUUUUAGCCCUACUCCUGACUGCAAAGGUGCAUCAAGAGAGUGUGCACCUGAUUGAAGUCACAAGCAAUUUGAUUAAUGAGACCCUAGCAAAUCACCCUGAGUGGGCAAAUUGGCUUCCUGAGGCUCAAGUAGUCCAAAGAGCCCUCAAUUCUGCGGCUAACAAUGUGUAUCAGUAUGGAAGAGAAUGGAUAACCCACAAGCUUCAUAAAAUUCUGGGAGAUAAGGUGAACAAUACUGCUGUGAUUGAAAAGCAAGUACUAGAACUUUGGGACAGAUUGUAUCAUUCUUGGUUUGUAAAGAACGUAACACAUUCUGGAAGGCACAAAGGACACAAGAUGCAUAUAAACCGUCAGAAUAGCUGGCUGGGAGACAUCUUGGACUGGCAGGAUAUCGCUUCCUUUGUUCACGAGAACAUUGAGACAUUUCUUUCGAUCUUGGAGUCUCUGUGGAUUGUUAUGAGCCGGAACGUGAGCCUGCUUUUCACCACGGUCACCACGCUCCUGACCAUCCUCUUCUACAGCGGGACGGCCCUUCUCAAUUUUGUGCUGUCUCUGAUAAUUUUCCUGACCACACUAUUUUAUCUGUUAAGUUCCAGUGAUGAGUACUACAAGCCAGUGAAGUGGGUGAUAAGCCUGACACCACUAUCUCAGCCUGGUCCUUCUUCUAAUAUUAUUGGCCAGUCUGUGGAAGAAGCCAUCAGAGGGGUGUUUGAUGCUUCCCUCAAAAUGGCUGGCUUCUACGGAUUGUACACUUGGCUGACUCAUACUAUAUUUGGCAUCAAUAUUGUCUUCAUACCAUCAGCUUUAGCAGCAAUCCUCGGAGCGGUGCCGUUUCUGGGGACAUACUGGGCAGCAGUACCUGCAGUUCUAGACCUGUGGCUCACACAAGGCUUAGGGUGCAAAGCCAUCUUACUGUUGGUUUUUCAUCUCUUGCCAACAUACUUUGUAGACACUGCCAUCUACUCUGAUAUAUCAGGAGGUGGCCAUCCUUACUUGACAGGCUUGGCAGUGGCUGGUGGGGCAUACUACUUAGGCCUGGAAGGAGCAAUCAUUGGGCCCAUACUUCUCUGCAUACUCGUGGUCGCUUCCAAUAUCUACAGUGCCAUGCUAGUGAGUCCCACAAAUUCAGUGCCCACGCCAAACCAGACCCCAUGGCCUGCUCAGACUCAGCGAACUUUCCAUGAUAUUUCUGAUGAUCUGAAAACUUCAGUAGACUGACCUGGUUUUCACCGCAAUGAUUUCUGUAGGAGGCUCCGUCUUGAUAGUGAGUUCGGCUCAGCUGUGGCCUUCUGUCCUUUCAUCCGUUCCUCGCAAGCAGAGCCCGGGAAAGCAGCAGAACCCUCCUGGCCUUCCCUACAGAAUGUUUGGACAAGAGAGAACUCGCUGUGGGUUGCUUUACAUUUUAAAGCACAGCUUUAGAGCUCAGAAUUGUGGUUUGCUCACUUAAUUGUUGCUAGGAUGGCUUGGAAAGCUGCGAUUUAUACACUGGUACCAUGGCUUGAAAAUUCCCACUUUGGUUAUCUAUGUUAUAAUAUGUAUUUAUAAAGGUAUUUUAAGAGCCCUGAACUACCUGCUGUUAACAGUAUUUACAGUGUAAUUUUCUCCUGCUUUAAGGAAUCUGUUCUUAAACUUUUCUAUGGUCGUCACUUUUUAAUGAAGAGGGUUUUCACUUUUGAAUAUGCAGUUUCUUGAGCAGGAGAAAGGAGUCUUCUUCCCUUCUUCCACCAUGUAUGGUCCCCUCUGUAAGAAAGAACAAAUCUUAAGUGUAAGACGGGAUGGCUUAUUUGAAAGUCAGUUAGUUGUGUGUUGCAACCAUAGGAGAAACAGAAAGACAGUCUCUCCCUCCACCCCCUUCUCUUCCCUCCAUACCCCAUUACACUAUGGCCAAAUUUCUAAAACUUGGUUGACCACUUUGAAGGAAAAUACAUAUUAAGCUGCUAUUAAUGGUAACGGUAUGACAGAAUUCAGUUGUGGUUCAGGUUUUCUUUCCAGAUACUUUAAGUGAAAAAUCUCAGGAGUAACAAUUCUCUGAGUUGUUGAAUGUAUCCCUGUUUGCUUAUUUGGAAUUCUGCCAAUUAGUUACUUAUUAGCAGUAGAAUGUUACAUUUAUGUAGUGUUUUUCCAUCACUUAGCACAGUGCCUUGCACAUAAGACUCUAGAUGAAGGCUUGUUGAAUUACGACUUUUUUAAGUAUCUCAGCUAUCAUGAUAACCAGCAUAGUGCUUUGCAUCUUACAAAGUCCUUUAUUAUGUCACAGCCACUCCCCAUCAGCUUUCAUAUAGCUUUAUAUUAUUUUAGCACAGUUUCAUACAGAUGGGGAAACUAAGGUUCAGAAAAAUUUAGUAAGAUUUUUACCUCAACACUUUCUGACUUUGUAGGCUGCAGAUUGUGCUAUACUGUAGCAUUUCUCCCAGUAUCUUCCACAGUUUUCCUAGUGUUUGUCCUACAGUUAAUGACAAGGCUGGGACUAGAACCCAGCUCUUGGCUAUGUGCCCUUUACACUGUUUAACGCAAUCAUUAGGCUCUUUAUCCAUCUCCCAAGGGAAUAUGAGGGACAAAGGGUUCCUAAGUAUGAAAGACCUCCCUUUGGAAAACAAAGGUAGAAAUCAUUUUUUCCCCUAAAACAUCGUCUCCCUAAAGCAUAGUUAAUAAUAAUUAGCUUAGGUUUAUUCUGAUGUUACUUAAGAAAUUAGCUCCAUCUAGGAAAGAGGCUACUGUGAGGGCUUUGACUUUAUACAGUAGAUUACAUGCAGAUCUCUUAUUUUUACUGUCCUUCAACAAUUGUAAUCUGAUGUUACACCGAGUGUUCCAUUUGGCCACUGACUGACUUCUGUCUUUCUUCAGUCAUUUGUUCAGUAAAACAUUGGUCAAGAGUUUGCCAACUCUGGCUCCCAUGCCAACUACUGCACAGGGUGCCACAGGUGAUAACUCAUAAAAGCCCUUCUCUCCCCUUGAAUCCUGGCCAAGUCAUGUGCAUUACUAAAAUUAAAAUUUUUCCAUUAAAAGGGUUAAAAAAGAAGUCAGCUUUGUUUUUAUUAAUUGUAUGCUGGUUAAGUUUAUAGCUCAAAUUGGCACAUUUGGAAGAGAGAAGCAUCACACACCGUGAGUUGCGUCUGCGUAUACAAAUUAUGUUCCUCCAAAGUGCUUUUAGCUGUAUAAAGUGAUAUUGCAAAAAACCAACCUCGAGCUAAUAUAUGGCUGUUGGUGGUCAUAAUUAUUAGUGUAAAUACGAGGAUCAUAGAGGGGAACUUUGAGCCCUAAGAGAAGAGUCUAGAGCUGCCAUAAUUGGCAAUGAUGUAAUAUCACUUGAAGUAUCGGGAGCAGAGGGACCCCAGAGUGCUGCACAGUCCUCAUCCGGAGACUGGAACUGCCCUGGCCCUUCUGCAACCGCAUAAGGACUCAGAAAGUCAACCAGUUGGGGAGGUCUUCCUGGAACCCCCAAACAGAGAAACCUAUCUCUUUGGUAUAGUGAAGAGGGUUUACAGAAUUUUCUCAGGACACAGAGAUCACGGGGUGUGAAAAGGGGUGAGUCUCCAGCUCAGGUCUCAGAGAUGACCUGCCCCCAGAUUCUCAGUUAGGAUUUGUCCCAGGAAGGGUCAGUCUUCCUAGGAACAGACCAUGCAUUGAUGAAGUAGCUUCAGUAAAAAUUGAUCCAGAAUCCUAUCACAAUGUCUUACAUUUUAUAGCUUUGUUAACGAUUAGUUUUAAGUUCAUAUUCAUUAGUUCAGUUGUAAACCAAAUGGGGGAUUGGGAGAAAAUAAAAGUCUCCGCACAGAUGUGCUCCUCUCUUUUCUAAGAGAGAAUAAGGUAGAGGGUUUUUAGCAUAAACUCCAUGCCCUAUGAAUCCUUUUUCAGUUCCAAAAUUCCUAUCACAUUUUCUGUUCCUGGAAGUGAUCUCUGUCAGACUGCCUGAGUUACAAGUCCUAUUUAUGUUUAAAUUUGUGAGGAUUCCUAACACUCUCUUCCGUUAGAGGUGGUUAGCUGGCAGGAUUUUCCUGUGACUUGUGAUGCUGGUGGAGACAGACUCUUGACAAGGUCAAGAAGUGUUGUGGAGGUUUACUAUAUUUAAACAAACUCAGAGCCUUUGGAAAUAGCAGCUGUGUCUUCAGUGAAAGGGCGGCUAAAAGGCUUGCAAGCUGAGGGCCUCUGGCUAACUUUGGUCUUAAAUACCCAUUGUGACCCUAAUCAUACCCUGAGUUCCCACAUUGGUUGCAUUUAGUGCUUCAGGACGUGUCCCUACUGGGCAAGAGAUAUUCAGAGAUUCAGGGCAUGAAGGGUUUGAUUAGAGCAAAGGAAUUUUAGGUGAGCCAUCCAGGGCUCUCAACCUCAGGGUUUAUAGGAAAAACCCCUUCAGAACAUCCCAUCCUCUGGUCCUGACUGGCAGUUUCCUCUAGGGUCUGUUGAGACCCUUACAAGAAUAUUAUGGUAGGCAUUUCACAUUGGAAAUAGCCUCUGGCAGUGUAUUUCCAAGUGUUAGUUCCAGCGAAGACCAACUACUUUGUUUUUUUUUUUUUUAUUAAUUUUUUGUCCUUACACAUUUGCUAUUAAAAUAUAUUCAUUUCAUUAAUUUAUUGAGGACCUGCAAAAAUAUGCACAUGCUAACUGAAACCAUUGAGCGGUUAUUUUUUGAUGGUUUAAAAAUAAUCAAGAGAAUUGUAAAUCAAGAUGUUCUCUCUCUACUAGAGUCAUAGAAAUUCUGUGCUAUAAUGGGCUUUCUAUAAUUAGGUGAUCCUGUCACUUUUCUAGGGGAGAAAACAAAUCCAUAGGCUUUUCUAACACAGAGUCAGCUAGUAACAAUUCUGAGUAGAAAACAGUUCUUUUCUCUCUCUCUUUCUCUCUCUUUUAAUAUUUACUGUUGAGAGAGAGAGUGAGUGGGGAG